AGCAGCGACACGGCGCCUCUCUUCCAGAUGGCCGGCGACGGCCGCAACACGGACGACGUCACCCUGCCCCUCCUCUUCCUCUUCCACAAGGAGGGCAACAUCCUGCUGGAGGCGCUGAAGGAGCACAGGGAGGUGGAGGUGCUGCUGAGCGACAAAGCCCGAGACCGAGCUGCCAUAUUCAAAGGUAAAGCUCUGCCUGGAAGUCUGUUUGAGGGCAGUAAGUAUUCCUCUCUGCUGUUCUUUCUGCUACCUCACUCACAUCUCAUCAUUUUUACAGUACAGUGGACCCCCGGGUUAUUGAAGGGGGACGCGUUACGGACCCAUCCGAGUUUGGUGACAAUCUGUGCUAUGCCUUAUCGAAAAUUAUGAUUCAAAGAGACUUUUUGAAG